GCUGGCGUGCGGCGGCGGCGGUGGCUGGAGCUGCUGCGGGCUUGCAGCUGCGUUAGGACCGGAGAGGAACCUACCUGAACCUGGGUCAGCCUAGAGGGCGGAGAGGCCCGGGGACCGCGGCAGCUGGCAAGGAAGAUGAGAUGAGUCAGGCAAGAUUAUGGCAGAGAGUAGCUACACGCAAAAACAGCUGGAUUUACAAAAUGGCAGUUUAGAGGAAGGAUUUGGGGAGCAUUCCUUGCACGACAAUCCUCAAAACAUGGAGAACCUAAGCUCCAAGAAAUACGCUUCCAGCCUGAAAUUUAAAGCCAAUGGAGACUAUUCUGGCUCUUAUUUAACCCUGUCACAGCCAGUUCCUACAAAGAGAAGUCCUUUACCUUCGGGCACCAGUGUCAGAAGCAGCCCGUCCUUGGCCAAAAUCCAGGGAAGUAAACAAUUCUCUUGUGAUGGAACUGAGAAAAAUCUUUCCAUGAAACCUCCCACCCCUUUCCUCAGCACCACAGCCUCCCUUGGUGGAUAUUCACUAGGGAGAACAGAUUUUGAUCCUUAUUCUAGUCGGGACAGUGAAAGGUCCUUGAGGAUCUCUGAGAAGCCUCCCUAUUCCAAAUAUAGCUCUAGAAAUAAAUCACAUGACAAUGUCUACUUUCUCGGAGGUCUUGAAGGACGGAAGGCCUCAGGCUCACUCCUGACCAUGUGGAAUGGAGGUUCUCUGAGUGACAGUAGCCCCUCUUCCAUCAGCAGAUCAGGAGCAGCAAGCAUGCCUUCAAGCCCAAAGCAAGCCAGGAAAAUGACCAUUCAGGACAACCUAAUCCUUCCGUCAAAGCUAACUCGACACAAGGAGCCAGCAUCUGAACACAUCAAUUUAAGAACUCGGAAGUAUUCUGGGAGUAGCCUGAGUCACAUGGGGGCGUAUAGCCGAUCCCUUCCCAGAUUGUACAAAGCCACAGAGAACCAGAUCACGCCUCUCAGCUUGCCUCCAAGAAACUCUCUGGGCAAUUCUAAACGAAGCCGACUAGGGGAAAAGGAUCUACCUCAUAGCAUAAUAGACAAUGACAAUUACCUUAAUUUUUCUUCUCUCAGCUCAGGUGCUUCACCUUAUAAGACUUCUGCAUCGGAGGGCAGUCCUUACGUGAGCUCCACCCUCAGUGUCCCUGCCAGCCCCCGGGUGGCUCGGAAGAUGCUUCUGGCCUCCACCUCCUCCUGUGCCUCUGAUGACUUUGAUAGGGCCUCAUACUCGGGGACCAGCCCGAGUCAUUCAUUUUCUGCAGGAGAACCAGACAGAAUGUUUUUGGCUAGAAGGAACUUCUCUUGUGGAUCUGUGGAAUUUGAUGAUGCUGACUUGGACAGCCUCAGGCAGGCCUCAGGUACUCCCCAACCUGCCCUUCGAGAACGGAAAAGCAGCAUUAGCUCCAUUUCAGGACGUGAUGACCUGAUGGAUUAUCACCGGCGACAGAGGGAGGAGAGAUUCAGGGAGCAGGAGAUGGAGCGGCUGGAGAGACAGCGUCUGGAGACCAUUCUCAGCCUCUGUGCUGAGUACUCCAAGCCUGACAGCCACCUGUCUACAGGCACCACGGUGGCAGAUGUGCAGAAGAUCAACAAAGAGCUUGAGAAGCUACAGCUGUCUGAUGAAGAGUCAGUGUUUGAAGAAGCUCUGGCAUGCCCUGACACAAGAUACCGGUGCCAUCGGAAGAACUCUGUCCACGAUGCUGACCUGGCAGGCUUUGGGAGCCUGGGUCAGAGCAGUGCCAGCUUCUUCACCCCCAGGAGCAUCAGGAAUGAUGAACUGCUGGGCGACCUUGCCAGGACUCCUGUACCAUCCCCCUCUGCCUUUUUGAAGGCAUCCAGCGAAUCCUCUUACUUAAGUAUCCUACCAAAGACUCCUGAAGGCAUAAGUGAAGAACAGAGAGCUCAAGAGUUGGCUGCAAUGGAAGAUGCCCAGAUAGUAAUUCUAAACAACCUCGAGGAGCUUGAACAAAAAAUUAAGGAUAUAGAUGACCAGAUGGAUGAAUCCUCCAGAGAGUUGCAGAUGGAAUGUGCUCUUUUGGUUGGAGAGCAGAAAUCUGAGACAACAGAACUUAAGAAGGAAAAGGAGACUUUGGAUAAUCUAAACCAGAAAAUAGCAGAGCUGGAAAAGAACAUUGUUGGCGAAAAGACCAAGGAGAAGGUAAAGCUUGAUGCUGAAAGGGAAAAACUAGAGAGGCUUCAGGAGCUUUACUCCGAGCAGAAGACCCAGCUGGACAAUUGUCCUGAGUCCAUGAGGGAACAGUUACAACAACAACUGAAGAGGGAUGCUGAUCUGUUGGAUGUUGAAAGCAAACACUUUGAAGACCUGGAAUUCCAGCAGCUCGAGCACGAGAGCCGUCUAGAUGAGGAGAAGGAAAACUUAACUCAGCAGCUCCUGCGUGAAGUAGCUGAAUAUCAACGGAACAUUGUCACCAGAAAGGAAAAAAUUUCUGCAUUGAAAAAGCAAGCCAACCAUAUUGUUCAGCAAGCUCAGAAAGAACAAGAUCAUUUUGUGAAAGAAAAGAAUAAUCUAAUAAUGAUGCUACAAAGAGAAAAGGAGAAUCUUUGUAAUUUGGAAAAGAAAUAUACCAUCCUCUCUGGGGGAAAAGGGUUUCCUGUUAACCCCAAUACUCUAAAAGAGGGCUAUCUCAGUGUAAGUGAAAUUAAUGAGCCCUGUGGCCAUUCCACGAGUCUGUCCCCUUCCACUCAGUUCUCUGCUGAUGCUGACGCUGAUGCUGCUGUCACUGAGCCUGCCUCAGCUGUGCCGGGGAGCCAGCCCCAGACUCCAGAGCAAAGAUCACCUGUCUAUUCUGGAUUUGUGUUUCCUUCUACUCUUUCUCCUCAUACUAUCACUCAACCUCCAUCAGCCUUUUGGCCUGAAGUCAUGACUACAUCUGAUCCUUUCCCUUUAAAUGACACACCUCCACCUCUGCCAGCUAAGAAACACAGAAGGCAACAGCAGCUGGAGCCACAGCACUUUAGAAGUCUGGAAGAAAGGAAAAAACAGCAUAAAGAAGGCCUCUAUCUGAGUGACACUUUGCCUCGAAAGAAAACCACACCGUCCAUCUCCCCACAUUUCAGCAGUGCUACCAUGGGGAGAAGCGCCACCCCCAAGGCUCACAUGCCUCUGGGGCAGAGCAACAGCUGUGGCAGCGUGCUGCCACACUCCCUGGCAACCAUGACCAAAGACUCAGAAUCUCGGCGGAUGCUCAGAGGUUAUAAUCACCAGCAGAUGAGUGAAGGACAAAGGCAGAAAUCUGAAUUUUACAACCGCACAGCCUCAGAGUCAAAUGUCUACUUGAAUAGUUUCCAUUACCCCGAUCACAGCUACAAGGACCAGGCCUUUGACACGCUGAGCCUGGACAGUUCAGAUAGCAUGGAGACCAGCAUCUCUGCCUGUUCACCUGACAAUAUCUCUAGUGCCAGCACUUCUAAUAUUGCCCGAAUAGAAGAAAUGGAGAGACUGUUGAAACAGGCUCAUGCAGAAAAGACCCGGCUGCUUGAAUCCAGGGAACGGGAAAUGGAAGCCAAAAAACGAGCUCUGGAAGAAGAAAAACGACGACGAGAAAUCCUGGAAAAACGUUUGCAGGAAGAAACUAGCCAGAGGCAGAAGUUAAUUGAAAAGGAAGUAAAAAUAAGGGAGAAACAAAGAGCACAGGCUCGUCCUUUGACACGCUAUCUGCCUGUCCGGAAGGAGGACUUUGAUUUGCGCAGCCACGUGGAGACCGCUGGCCACAAUAUUGACACCUGUUACCAUGUGUCAAUCACAGAGAAGACCUGCCGAGGAUUCCUCAUCAAAAUGGGUGGAAAGAUUAAAACUUGGAAAAAACGUUGGUUUGUUUUUGAUCGGAAUAAACGAACAUUUUCAUAUUAUGCAGACAAGCAUGAAGCUAAAUUAAAAGGAGUGAUAUACUUUCAAGCCAUUGAAGAAGUAUAUUAUGACCACCUCAAGAAUGCUAAUAAGAGUCCUAAUCCAUUACUCACCUUCAGUGUCAAGACACACGACAGAAUCUAUUAUAUGGUGGCCCCAUCCCCAGAAGCCAUGCGGAUUUGGAUGGACGUUAUUGUUACUGGGGCGGAAGGUUACACUCACUUCUUAUUGUAAUAAAAUGAAGCAAUAGUCCUACUUCAGGGCAGACUGCAAUAACUCUCACAAAAGUGAAGCCAUAUUCAAUCCCAGGUGGAAGACCCAAGAGCCCAUCCUUUUAACUAUAUGCACUCAGAACUCUUUUGCAUUGAGAAGGCUUUUAUAAAAAGGAAAAAAAAAAAAAGCUUAAUCAUAAACAGCAAAUGAAUUGAAGCUCUAUGAGAAACAUUGUUUUGAGAAACUGCAUCACUUCUACAAACAUUUCUUAUAAUCUAUUUUUUAUCCAUGGGUGGUGAUUAAAUCAACUAAACAGUUUACAAAAUAUCUGUAUAUAUGUAUUUGGAAAUAUAGGAAUAUGUUAACACCUAAAUCAUUAGAUUGACAGUAUUCGUGGCCUUUUUUCUGUUGUUCCCCCCCCCCCCCUUAGAAAAUAGCAUUUUAUAAAUAUAACUAAAUAAGGACUUUAAGGAAAAUAUGUUUUAGGAAUGUUGCCUUAAAUUUCAAAUACUGCACCAAAAACUAAAGACUUGGCGUGACUUCUGUUUAGCAGCAGUUUCAAGUAAUGGACUGCACUGUGCUACUCUAUAUUUUAAAAUGGUAUUCUGAUGUCAUGAAGUACCCAGGAAAUAGCUCUGCUCUGUCAUCUCCAGCAUAAGCUACUAUGCCUGUGUAGUAAACCACUUCUGUAUAAGAAGAAUAAUCAGGUACUUGUGGGUCAUGACUGUAAGCCUACUUAUUCAAGAGGCUGAUAGUUGAAAAUCACUGUUCAAAGUGAGCCCAGGUAGACAAAUCUUGGAGACUUUUACCUCCA